GCAGACUAUAUUGCCAAUGAAGAGCCUGGGGUCUCGCUCGAUCAACCACCCCUACAUGACACCAUGUUCAACAGCUUGCGUGAAGCAUUCAAACCAACAGAUCAACCCUCGGCAACACCUGAAAGCCGGUCUUCAAGUGGGCAUUCGCACCUACCUACCCCCAUGACAGUCAGCCGGUUUGACUUGAACCAAGCACCCCCUUCGACUCAGGUACCAGACCAUGCGCAACCCAUGAGAGGCUCGAGCCCUCUUUCAGGACCAGCAGGAGAUGAUUUGGAUGGAUUCUUGGAGUAUGUUGGGCGACAUGCGCCUGCCUACACCAACUUCAAUAUUGACGUAGUCAGGGAUGCAGUGGUUGACCACGGCAUUCGCCUCGACGACCUCAAAAAGAUACCGGAUGAUGGCCUACCACCCGCUAAGAAGGGCUGGGUGAUGCUCAUGAAGAAUUGCUGGCCAGUAUGGAAAGGUAUUAUGCGGGAGAAGGAUUCCAACGCUAAACGACUGGAAGCAAGACCCUUCGAGGUUUACGAGGUUCCCGAUGAGUCAGAAAGUAUCUAUUAGUUCUGCUCUUUUAUGUGGUAUUCUUCUUUUCUCGAUAGCAUGCUU